UCUGAAGAGACUUUUAAUAGCGAGCAUAAUGGCAGCGGACGGUGGCGGACAAGAAGUGGUUCGCGUUUUCAACAGUAAUGCUCUUCAUAUGAAAAGUAAAGGCAAGACAAGGGAAGGAGUGAAUGAUGUCUUAACCCAAGGGGAUCUGUUGUCGCACCGACUGAUGGUUCACUCGCUGUCCGCUUCAUUUCCUGGCCUUAGAAUCAUAUCAGAAGAGCACUCGUCAGUAGAGGACAAUGCGCUGGAGAUCACACCCAUUCAUGUCAGCGAUGAACUCCUGUAUGACGACAAGUACUCCAAACUGCCCUUUGGUCUCGAAAUACCUUUAGGGGAACUGACCGUUUGGGUGGACCCUCUCGACGCAACUAAAGAAUACUCGGAAGGUUUGACCAAAUAUGUCACUACAAUGGUAUGCAUCGCCAGAAAUGGUGAGCCUAUCAUUGGUGUCAUUCAUAAACCAUUCAGUUCUGAAACGUAUUGGUCGUGGAAGGGGAACGGCAUGUCAUCUAACAUAGAAUCAGCCCUAAAGACAUACAAUAAAACAAAGGAUACGUUCCGUGCGAUCGUCUCUCGAUCUCAUGCCGGAGACGUGGACUCUAUUAUCAAGAAGUCAUUGAGUAAUGAAUAUAAAGACAUAGAAGUGAUUCCAGCGGCCGGUUCUGGCUAUAAGACAUAACUUAAU